AUGGUUCCCCUCCCCGAAAUCCACACCCAAACCUCCCAUCUCCUACACUCCCAUCCUUCUCCCCUAAUCGCAGUCUUCGUUGGCGGCACUUCUGGAAUAGGUACCCAUACUGUCCUCGCUCUCGCUUCUGCCCAUGCCAAAAAUAGUACCCAACCUCUUCUCGUCUUCAUCGUUGGAAGAAAUACAGAUGCAGCCACGACAAUUAUUGCCGAAUGCAGAAAGCUUUGUCCUCAUGGGGAUUUUCGCUUCGUGCAAGCGAGAGAUUUAAGUUUGUUGAACGAUGUGGAUCGCGUUUGUCAGGAGAUUAGGGGGAUGUUAAAUGAGGGAGAAAAGGAAAAGGGAGGGAAAGCGUGGAUUGAUAUAUUGGUUAUGACACAGGGGGUUCUUACAUUGUCUCGGAAUGCAACAAAAGAAGGUCUCGACUCCACCUACUCCCUCAUGUACUACUCCCGCAUGCGCUUCAUCGCCCAACUUCUUCCCCUCCUCCUCUGCUCCCCCCUCCCCAGCCGCGUCAUCUCAAUCCUCAAUCCCAAACUGCAUGGUAAACUCAUCCCCGACGAUCUCUCUCUGCGCACACAUAGUAUUCUCCGCUAUGCUUCUUCGCACGUCUGUUGGAUGACGACAUUUUUCAUGGAGAAGAUUGCGCAGGCGAAUCCGGGGAGGAUUAGUCUGAUGCAUGUUUAUCCGGGCAUAGUCAUGACGGAUAUGUUGAAGAAGGGGGAUGCACCUAGGUGGUUAAAGUGGUUGUGGAGGUUUGGGGUGGCGCCGCUGAUGACGUUUUGGGAGACGAAGGGGGAGGCGUGUGGAGAGAGGAUUUUGUGGCUUAUGAGUGAGAGGUGGAGACCGAGGGGUAUGAGUGGGGAUCAGGAAGAUGGUCCGCGACGUGUUGAGUUGAUGAAAGCGGUAGAUGGGACGCCGGGUGGGGGUAUGUAUAAUGUUGGAUCUGUGGGAGAAAGAUAUUCAACCCCGAAGAUGUAUACAAAGUACAAGGAGGAUGGGGCUGCUGAAGUGAUAUGGAAACAUACUAUGGAUGCUUUUAAAGUUAUUGAAGAAGGUGGUAUUUUUCAGAAUUGA